UGUCUCCCUUCCUGUGUCUCUCCACCACGGAAACUGACAGGUAUACCGUGUCGAACAUUGUACGAAGAUGCCGCCCAAGAGGAAACGUACGAAGCUCGAGGAAGCCCGACACUAUCUCUCGGGUGGUGGCGUACUACGAGAAGACUCGGACGAUGAACUCGGCGUCGAAGAUCAUCCGUGGCAAUGGAUCUACGAAGACAGCAUUACAGAUAACCCCAAUGCGCAGCGUCGCAUCAUCGGCGCCCGCAUGGGAACCUUCGCCUGCCAUAUCGGUGACGCAGUCCUACUCAAAGCGCCCGUAAGCAACGAAGCUUGGGUUGCAAUCCUACACUCCUUCUCCGAAGAGUCAGUUGAAGACGAAGACGGCGACGACAUGGUAGAGAAGAAGGCGAGUAUGCUAUGGCUCUCAUCGGAAAAGGAGAUCAGGAACGGGAAGCGGAAGCGGACUGACUUCCUACCCCACGAGCUGUACAUGACGGCGGACUUUGACGAGAAUGCCCUCAGCACGAUCAAUGGAAAGGCUACGAUCAUGUCACCGGAGACUUUUGCGCACAAGUGGCCUGGUGGAAAGGUACCGCGAAGCUCGAAGGAGCAUGGGAAGGUGUUCGUAUGUCGGCGGGGCGCAAACACGAGGACGGCAACGUAUACCGAAGAGUUCAAGUGGGACGAUGUAUACAGAGGGGGUCAGGAUCUGGAUGGAUUGAUUGAACUCGUAAAGUCUCAGACGGUUCGCACCAGGAAGCGGAAGGCUACGAAAGAACACAACCUUGACAAUUUCGUCAUCGGUGACGGAGACAGCGACGACCACGAUCCGCAAACACCUCGGAAGAAGCGCAAGCUCGCACCAGGCACGCCGACCCCUUCCAAAUCCCGCCAACUCACGCCUCGCAAGUUUGCGACGCCCACAGGCCGUAAGAUAGCGACCAAGAAGCCUCUCGAGUUCACUCCUUUGGGCACGCGCAUUCUUUCACCAGCCCAGCUCGCCUCUUCACCCUAUCAACUCGCUCGGACCAGCCUCCACGUCUCCGCCGUUCCUCACGCCCUCCCUUGCCGCGAAACCGAGUUCGCGGAAGUCUACUCCCACCUCGAAGCAGCCAUCACAGCGGGCACCGGAGCAUGCAUCUACAUCUCUGGCACGCCUGGCACAGGCAAGACCGCGACGGUGCGGGAAGUGGUUGCAGGCCUCCAGUCUGCCGUUGCCGAGGAGCAACUGGAUGACUUUUACUUUGUCGAGAUCAACGGCAUGAAAGUCACCGAUCCGCACCAGUCGUACUCCCUGCUGUGGGAAGCGCUGAAAGGCCACCGCGUGAGCCCCUCACACGCUCUCGAGCUUCUUGAGCGAGAAUUCAGCACGCCGAGUCCGCGGAGAGUACCGUGUGUGGUGCUUAUGGACGAGCUGGAUCAACUCGUCACGCGGAACCAGGGCGUGAUGUACAACUUCUUCAACUGGCCACAGCUCAGACAUUCCCGACUGAUCGUCCUUGCUGUGGCGAAUACGAUGGAUCUGCCGGAACGCACCCUCUCCAAUAAGAUCAGUUCGCGACUUGGUCUUACGCGUAUCACGUUUCCAGGAUAUACGCAUACGCAGCUCAUGCGCAUCAUCCAGUCACGGCUAGAAGGCGUGGGGAAAGUGAUCGUCGAGUCAGACGCCGUGCAGUUUGCUAGCCGGAAAGUGGCCGCUGUUUCGGGCGACGCAAGGCGAGCUCUAGACAUUUGUCGGAGAGCGGUAGAGAUUGCAGAGCAAGAGACUCUCGCAUCCCAGGCGGACGGUGGAAAGGAGAACUUUGCGCCAGAUACGCCGAGUAAGACGCCAGGACGACAGGGUGGCGGCAAGCACGGUGUCGUGACGAUUGCGACCAUCAAGCGAGCGAUCAACGAGGCCACUUCCACGCCGCUGGCAGGUUACUUGCGGACUUUGCCCAUGGCGUCCAAAGUCUUCCUCGCCGCGCUUCUUGCCCGUCUUCGAAGAACAGGCAUAACUGAAGCAACGCUCGCGGACAUUGUAGACGAGGCGAGGAGGAUGGGCCUCGCGUCCCACAACAAUUCUUUGGAGACUUAUUUGCUCACGCCCGAAUCUACUCCGCCUGCUGGAGAACACCGACCUGAUCCCACGAUUGGUCCGCCCUCCAAGCGCGGCCGUCCUGCGGCCCGUAAGGAAGUUGAGAAGUCUGCGAGGAUGCUCGGCAUGGGCUCAGGAGCUAGAGAGCUGGCGGAGGCGGGAGUCAUUGGUCUGGAAAGGGGAUGUGGAGAGCGAGUCGGCAGGGUGCGGUUGGGUGUCAGCGACGACGAUGUCCGCGGCGCGCUGCGGGAAGAUGAGGAGUGCGCGGGAUUGUUCGCGCAUGCUGGGUAGUGUCGCGCAACCGCAUCGCAAAUCUCAUCGU